GUACCCAGCUGCAGCGAGCUGCAGGGAUAACUCGGAAGAAGACGCUGGGAAGAUGUGCGCAUGCUCCGUACAGUAAAUCUUACAAAAACAGGAUAAAGAGGAAACAGGUUUUAAUAGUUUUAAGAUGACGACUUCAUGGAGUGACCGUCUACAAAACUAUGCUGAUCUCCCAGCCAACAUGGACGGUGUGGCCAUGAAGAAGUAUCGGCGUGAAGCUCACCACAGAGUGUUUGUGAACCGAAGCUUGGCAAUGGAGAAGAUCAAGUGUUUUGGUUUUGAUAUGGAUUACACUCUGGCAGUGUAUAAAUCUCCUGAGUAUGAGUCGCUGGGCUUCGACCUGACAGUGGAGCGCCUGGUGUCCAUUGGAUAUCCACAAGAACUGCUCAAUUUUGUUUAUGACCCCUCCUUCCCCACCAGAGGUCUGGUGUUUGACACUAUGUAUGGCAACCUGCUCAAAGUGGAUACCUAUGGGAACAUCCUGGUGUGUGUGCACGGAUUCAACUUCUUGAGGGGGCCUGAUAUCAGAGAGAUGUACCCCAACAAAUUCAUUCAACGUGGAGACACAGAUCGCUUCUAUAUCCUCAACACACUCUUCAACCUGCCUGAAACCUACCUCUUUGCUUGCCUGGUUGAUUUCUUCAGUAACUGCUCCAGAUACUCGAGUUGUGAGACUGGCUUCAAAGAUGGUGACCUUUUCAUGUCCUAUAAGAGCAUGUUCCAGGACGUCCGAGACGCUGUGGACUGGGUUCAUUUUAAGGGCUCCUUAAAAGAAAAAACGGUUGAAAACCUGGAGAAGUACGUAGUAAAGGAUCCGAAGCUUCCUCUCCUCCUCAGUCGCAUGAACGAAGUCGCCAAAGUGUUUCUGGCCACCAACAGUGAUUACAAAUACACACAGAAAAUCAUGACCUACCUGUUUGAUUUUCCUCAUGGUCCAAAGCCGGGUACAGCCCACAGGCCCUGGCAGUCCUACUUUGACUUGAUCCUGGUUGACGCCCGCAAACCUGUGUUCUUCGGGGAGGGAACAGUGCUGCGACAGGUCGACACUACCACAGGUCGACUGAAGAUCGGCACAUACACCGGACCUCUCCAGCAUGGCAUUGUUUACUCUGGAGGUUCUUCUGACAUCGUGUGUGACUUGCUGGGGGCUAAGGGAAAAGACAUCGUCUACAUUGGAGACCACAUUUUUGGUGACAUUCUCAAAUCCAAGAAGCGUCAGGGCUGGAGGACGUUUCUGGUUAUACCUGAGCUGGCCCAGGAGCUGCAUGUGUGGACUGACAAGAGCUCCAUAUUUGAGGAACUUCAGUCUCUGGACUGCUUCCUCGCUGAGCUUUACAAGCAUCUGGACAGCAGCAGCAAUGAGAGGCCUGAUAUCAGCUCACUGCAGAGACGGAUUAAGAAAGUGACCCAUGACAUGGACAUGUGCUAUGGCAUGAUGGGAAGUCUGUUUCGCAGUGGAUCCCGACAGACCCUGUUUGCCUCGCAGGUGAUGCGUUACGCUGACCUGUACGCCGCCUCCUUCAUCAACCUGCUCUAUUACCCCUUCAGCUAUCUGUUCAGAGCUGCACAUGUACUGAUGCCUCAUGAGUCGACGGUGGAGCACACCAACAUCAACAUCAUAGACACAGAGUCCCCGUUGGCCACACGAAACCGCCACGAUGUGGACCUCAAGGAGAUGGAAUGCAAACGACACCAGCUGACCCGAUCUAUCAGCGAGAUCCAGCCGCCCCACUUCUUCCCUCAGCCUCCACAGGAGAUCACCCACUGCCACGACGAGGAUGAUGACGAAGAGGAGGAAGAGGAGGAGGAGGAGGAGGAGGAGGAGGAGGAGUAGAUGGAGGGAGGAGAGCAGACUGUACAGUGCAUCCUAUUUUUACGUUUCUCAGCUUUUGCUUUUUCUUUGAUCAGCAGUCACCAGGACUGUAGUUUCAGUUCCACACUCCAAAGCUUGUUGAUGCAUUUUGACAUUUAUGUAUAUUUAGAUACUCUGUGCAUCUAUGUGUACCAUUCUUGGACCUGGUCUUGUACAUGACUACUGCAGAUUGAAGUGGUUUUGACUACAUCCCUGGUAACUGAGCCUGUCAACAGAGAAAGAUGAAGUGAGUUUAAAUGUAUGCCUGUUAGUAGUAUAACAUUCAGGCAUGGGGGGAAGAGAAGAGCUACCAGAAGCAGGUAGAGCAGCUGUUAGAUGUUUGAUCCUCCUGGCUCUGCUACAUUUACUGAGUUUAGUUAAGGUAGUUCUCUGCCCUGCUGCUCACUCCUCCUGCACUGGGCCUCUCACUUUAAAACAAGUAGAACACAGAGGUGAAGAGUUAAACCAAGGAAGCUUCAAAGAAAAAUCCAACCUAAAACUCGGCCACAUUAGUAGAAGUUGUAGUCACGUGCUGUUUUUGGGACCAUAUUUGAGGUGUCAUUUUUUUUCACAGCCAAAUGUAGAGAUGUGAUGUUUUGUCGAGGUGAUCGCGUAGCUACAAUAGAUUUCAAGUCAUUAAAAACAUCCAUGGUAAAUGUUUGAUGUUUCUACAUGCACUGUAGCAAUAGAGCAGAAGUCAGUGCAGCCAUCAUGUUAUCAUCCACUCGCCACACAGCUUUCAUCCCCUCUCUGGGUUUUUUGAAAGGAAUUCUAGGAAAUGUAGGAACUGAAUAACAGCACAUCUGAGGGUGGAUUUAUACUUUUAGAAAAUUGAAUUGUAGUUUUUGUAUUAAACACAGCUGCUGAAAUUUAAAAGUUAUAACGCAGAAGAGUAUUUUUUGUUUAGCAAAGACCAUGUAAUGCCUGCUACGGUGAGGUGAAGUCAACAGGAAAUUGCCAACACCAUAUCACAACAUAUCACAGAAACUUCACACACGCAUUUACCCAAACCCCCCCCCUCUCCCCUCGCUCUCACUGUGUUGUAAAAUAGGACCACAUAUUUCCCAUAUCCCUCAGAAUGAAAAGGCUUCAGGGCCCUAAAGUCCUGAUUGUUAUAUAAUCUGGCUGCUCAUGUGUCUUUCAAGAUCCUGCAAAAGUAACAGUGAUAUGACUGUAAACCCUGCACGGUGUUCACUGAGGAUUGUGAAACAGUUGCUGCCUUAUUUAUGGAGCUUUGAGUUCAUACAGUGAGUGUAAAGGAGAUGCUUAUUGUAUACAUAUAAGUAUAUUUUGAACAAGUAUUUUGUGUGUUUGUUUUUUUACAUCUGAAGCAUGAAAGGUGAAAGUUAAGGAAGCCCAUUUCUUUUCUCUUUUUUUUAAAUGUUUUGUCUUUUUAUUGGAUAGUAGCAGUGAAGUGGCAGACAGGGAACAAGAGGAGAGCGAUGGGGACAACACCAAACAAAGGUCCUUGGCUGGAAUCAAAGCAGGGACAGAAAAAAAUGAUGGAAGUUAAGAAUGAUCAAGAAAAAUAAAUAUAUUUAGAGUUUGAGUCAAACUUAUGAGACGCUAAGUCAUAAUUCUGAAAUGUUAUUUAUUUAUGAUGUCAGUUUGGUGACAGGUUGAUGUUCAUACCUGCAAAGCAUCUCUGCUUGUUGCACCUCCUCCAGUGCCAGCUGGGAUCCAUAUGACACACAAGUCAUAAUUCUGAAAAUGUGUUUAUUUAUUAUUAUUAUUAUUAUAGGUUUGAAUUAGUGUCUGGUAAUUUCCAUUAUUUAGAAUCGGAUGAUCAAUCUUUUGACUUAUUGUCAUCAUUUUGACUUUUUUUUGUCAAAUUUGAACCAAGUCAAACUUAUGAGAUCAUAUGUUGUAAUCAUGUGAUUUGUAAAAAUUGUUACUUAGAAUAAUCACUCAUAGGUUUGAAUUAAAACGUCCAAAUUGUGACUUAGUGAUUAAUAAUUUUGACUCAUAAUUGUGAAUCAAUAAGUCAAACUCUUGACUUAGUGUCACAGUUUUGACACAUUAUCACAAUUGUGCUAGUUGUUCUGGUGAGUAUUUGUGUUUUUGUAGCUGUUUUCCUGUCAGUAAUGCUCCUCUGCAGAGAGGUGAACAUGCUGCUGUUCUAUGACUGCUGUACACACACUAUUACUGUCAUUGGAGAGGUGAACUGCUGUUUAUGAGUUUUCAAUGUGGGUCUGUCUCCAUCUGUACUGAUGUCUUUACAUGAUGAGGAUGCAAUAGUAUAUUAUCAUCUUGUUUUUCUUUGAUUAUCAUGUUUUUAUUUGUUAUCUGGUCUGUUACAGCCUUGCACAAGACUUUAUUUUUGGAGCUUGAAGACACUUCUUUCUACUCUCCUAGUUGUGGGUCAAAGCUGAUUGAAAUGUCCUGCUUGUCAGUGAGAUCUGUUGGUUGUUUGAUGUGUGUCAGCCAAGUUGCUGUGUAUGCUGCUGUAGAAACACAAAGGUUUCAGAGUGGGCCAUGUUUCAGUGUGGAGGGCCAAAGAGAGCAGUACCAAUGGUUUUACAUAUUCAAGUCAUUUCAGAGCCGUUCAGCAUGCCUGUCUCAGUCACAGUGAUUGCUGUCAGCUGCUUUGAAACGUUCACUUAGACUUUGAUAAUCAGACACAAAUGUAAAGUGAACCAAAUGAAUGUUUUUUUUAUUUUUACCAGAAAACAUUUGCGCAUGUGUUGAAGUUGCAUUUUUUUUUUAAUGUUGCCUUUGUUUUCAAGUUUGUUGAAAGCAGUAAUGCUCCAGUUGAGAUGGUUUGAGUCAUGAAUGAUGUUUGUAAUAAAUUUUCUGAUCUGA